AUGAUGUGGGAAUGGGACCAAGACGAACACCACCACCACCACACCACCUCUCCAAAACCCGAUCAAAUCCCCGACCCUAACUCCUAUCUCAAUUUCGAUUUCUUCUCACCUCUCUCCAAACCCAAGGAUUAUUACAAGAUAUUGGAAGUGGAUUAUGAUGCUAACGAGGAUGCUAUUCGCUCUAAUUACAUUCGUCUUGCUCUCAAAUGGCACCCGGAUAAACAGAAAGACCAGAACUCUGCUACGUCCAUGUUUCAAGAUAUAAACGAGGCAUAUCAGGUUUUAAGUGAUCCAGAUAAAAGGAGAGACUAUGACAUAAAUGGGAUGCGUUACGAAUACGAUUACAAUAUCAUUGAUUAUCUUAACCGUUACAAGGGUCUUAUAUUGACUUGCAAUGGCCUCGGCAUAAAACAAUCGAUAUGGUAG